GCUGCUAGUAAGUGACUGAUAGUAUUCUAGACUGGACUGGUCCCUGAGUACAGAGAAAACUAGACCACGAGAUCUUGAAGAACUGCAUUGAGGUGCAAGCCAGAUUUGACACUCAAGUGUUGUUGAACUGAGAAGUUGCUAAAGGAACUGUAACAGGACUGAUUGUCGCUUACUGCCUUUCUCUCUCUGUCCUUGUUGCCUUUUGCUGUUACAUUGCUUGUGUUGUCUUUCUAAGCCCAGAUGUUCUCCGAUAACUCACACUGCCCUGAUUGUGGGCAACAGUGGUUCCCUAGUUUAGAACUAGGGCAUUGGUUAUACCAAACUGAACUUGUUGAAAAUGAAUGUUACCAAGUGUUCUUAGACCGUAUUAACAGAGCUGAUUAUUGCCCUGAAUGUUAUCCUGACAAUCCUGCUAACAGAAGCCUUGUUCUGCCUUGGUCUUUCCCUCUUGAGUGGGCACCUCAAAAUCUCACCAGGUGGACCUUUGAGAAAGCCUGCCAUCCAUUUCUUCUGGGUCCUCCACUGGUUAGAAAAAAGAUACAUGACUCGAGAGUAGCUGGUUUUAAUCCUGCAUUACAGUUAAUCUUGUCCAGAACAGACAAAACCUUAAACAAAAAACUUGGCCAAAGCAAGUGACUUCUGUAACGGAAUCAUGACGACUCUCCAGGCUUUGUGUUCAUAGCCUAGGGGAGAUGAAGAGUUAGCUGUUUCUGUAUUCUGUCUCUCUUUCUUUAUUUCAUAAUUUCUUUUAAGGUGCUGGGGAUUGAAUCUGGGUGCCCUCGUGCAUGCUAGGCUAGUACGCUUCCCCUGAGUUUAACCUGAGGCCCCCUUUCUGAAUCUGACUCAGCCUGUCACUCCUUUGUCAAUUGCUUAACUUGUGGGUCUACUUCUGUGAUCUGUGACCUAUGCAUUUUAUUCUCUCUCUGUUUCUCUUUUUAUAGCAUAAACUUAGUCCGUAUUGCAGACUAUUUACCUGGAGUCAAACUAACCUAUAGUCCAGACAAAUGCUUUAGAACUAUAUUGCCCUUCCUAAGUAUUAAUGAAAUUAAUGUCUGGAGGGGAGGCCCCAUGCUGUAUGCCUCAUUAACUGUUUUUCUAACAGUAACUUUUAUGAAAACACAUUCUUGUAGCUGGAUUCUAGAUUAUUCUAGUAAAUUUUAAUACACUACAUUGUUCUAAAUUUUUCCUUUUAUACAUUGGUCAGUAGUGAGAGAGAUGUGUGUGUAUAUAUAAAAUUUUUUCAUAUAUCUAUAUAUAAAACCAUUUUAUCCUCAGCGUAAGUGUUACAGUAUUGAUAACUGGUCCUUCACAGUCUAUUUGUCAAUACCUACGUAGGUUACAGAAAAAGGGUUGAGAAUGUUACCAGUUUACACUUAGUUGUCUCUAUAUAACCAAAGACUACCGUCUUGUGGUGACUGAAUCUACGUCCUCCCAUGGAAGUGGAAAAAUAACCUGUGCUGUGAAGUGUAUAACAAUGAUAAAACUUGACUCCAUACAGUUUAAGAGUAGUCUAGUGGAUGCUUUUUCUUAGACAUGAGAAUGUGCGCUGAGCAUUGGCCACAUUCUGGGCUUCUCCUGUUCAUGGAAAUCAUGGAAUCAGAUUUGGAGUUAAGCAACUUAGAAGAAGCUCCUGGGAACAUCUAAGAAGCCACUGAACAAUUUUAAAAUCCUACUUAAGAUUCUAGGUGAUCCAGUGCUUCAGUUGCAGCGGAAAUGUUAUCAAGGACCUGGGUUCUUCUCUUUCCUCCCCUGGGGUUCUUAUGGUUGCCUUGUGUUCUCAUAGUUGUUUUUAAAUGGGUUCAGUAUGGUUUGUUGUGCCAGACAGCAGGGGCACAUGUCUUUCUUACAAGUCUUAAUUUGGAAAUAAAAUCUUUCUGAAAUGUC